UGCACUGUCGCUUUAAGAGUGCUUUACGUUUCCGCGUCCACGCGCAGCAGCAGUUGGACUCGAGCGUUUACAUCCUGGUACUUUGCUCUACAUGGCAGCAGCGGGAGAGAAAGGCUGAUCCGGGAAGUGAACCUCAGUGUCCUAACUGGACUCCCGUUUAAGCGUCUGUAAACAGUCCAGGAAAGUUAAGCCUAAUCGGCAGGUAAUAAAGCUGCAGAUUUUGCUUUUGGAUGUGACUUUUGGAAGAAUUGGAACCAUGCUGCAGUUAUUUUCCAUAAACAGAAUUUACGUAAACACAGGGAGGACGAUGGCAACAUAUAAAAUGUGAUGUGACCCAGUGGCAGAGAAUGCAUUUGUUUUAACAAUGCGACACCUUCUUUGAAGGAUUUGGUAUGUACAUCAUUGAACUGCGGUGACGGAGAAGGGUACAAACAGCAGGUAUGUCUAAGACAAAGACCUUGAUGAGGCAACGAUAUCGACCUGCGUCGGAAUUUGAUGAAGUCACUCUGGCCUCUAAAAGGGAAUACUGGAGGACUAAGAAAAGAGAACAGAGAGCAAAGCUGUCCAAGGCCAAGAAGAAGAUUAAAGCUCCAAACACAGGAAUCUGUAAACCUGCAUGUACAGAUGGACGUGUGUCACGCCUGACUCAUUGUCAAUUUAAUUCUACUUUGCGUAACAGUGAUGGUUCAUACCAAACAAGUGUUGCACAAACUCAGACCAAGGGUAUGGUGAUUUGUAAAAAGGAGGUGGAAAGCUUGAUCACUGAGAAAUUAAACAUGGAUGCUUCUAUGGUCAAACUUAAAGGGGCACCCCUUACUGAGGGCUUACCACCGCCUGCAGCCUGCAUAAAAGUACAUCCAAACAGCACAACACCUCGACAGACACUAAACAGAUCAUCAGCCUUUAAUGGCAACCUCUCAAAUAUUUCUCAGAUAAGUGCUGUAUCCCAGCUAGCACCAAAGUGCAGCAAACAAGCCCCUCAAAUUAAAUGUUGUAUAACACCCAGGUCUUUGGCCUUCACGCAAUGUAAGUUUGAUAAAGACCAGCGCAUCCUAGCAAGAAGUGGUUCAGAUACAAAUAGAAAUGCUGCUGCCAAUGGUCAGGUAUGCAGCAUGGUCAUGUGCAAAACCACAGAAGUGGCCAUGACUGAAGAGGAGAAGGCUGCUAAGCGUAGGGAAAACUGGCGCAUCAAAAAACGAGAGCAAAGGGCAAAACGUGCUGAGAAGCUGAAGAUGGAACGAGAGAAGCUGCAAAGUUUUGAAAAAGGACAACAGGAAACGGGGAAGAAGCUUUCCUGUGUUGCCCCAGCACAUUCAUUAUCCGGUGUGAACACAAUGGCUUUGAGGACAGCCAAGCAACAUUGCUCUGUCAUGUCUGUUGACUCAAGACUGAGUGCUGGAAAACCGUUACAUUAUGGAGUCAGAGUGGGAAGGGAGAAAUUAUCACACCAAACACCCUAUAAACCACAUUCAGUAAACCCCAAACCAGCUGAAAAGCCAAGGUUACUUUCCAAAAACCUCUCUGUUUCAGUUUAUAGCACAAAUCAAUUUCAGGAUUCAAGACAAAAUCAUAUGGCCAUAUCUUCAGUGGUAUCUAUGCAGCCUUUAAGAUCUACCCAAACAAUUGGUCAGUUUAAAACGCCACAGCAGAAGUUUGUCCGCAUUCAAAGGUGGCAUAGUUUGCUACAAGGGAAUGAAACAGCAGAGGAAAGACUUGCCAAGCAAAGGGAGUACUGGCGUAUCAAAAAGCGGGAGCAAAGAGCAAAGCGUUCUUUGGCAUUAAAAAGCCGCUUGAAAGACCGGGAUGCAUUUAACUGGCGUACAAAGCGCUACCAUCUCAUGGAGCAAAUGCGCAAGACACUAUCAGGCCUCCAGAAAAUACCACAACCAAACAAAAACGUACUUCUCAACUCUCCUAAUCCUACUGGUAGCUUUAUUAAAGAGGAUGGCACAGUAACUGUAACCAUCUCACAGACUACAACUGAGAAAUUUCCACCUGCCAUAAGCUGCAGUUUACCAGCUGUAAAAUCUUCAGCAUCACCUAGUCCACUCGUGUCACAAAAUUUAAUGAGGACCAGAGCCAGGGCUGUUCUUCAUAGCAUUCCAAAUAACAAAAAUAUAUCAGCAAAGCAACGAAGAACUCGAAGCUCAACUAAUCAGAACUCUAGUGAUCCUGUAAAUGAGUCAAAACUAGACAGUGGUACAGAAGAUGCUACAAAGGCCACCCAGACUGAAAAGCUGGCAGCAGAGAAUAGAACAACUUUUAAGACGGAGUUGAAGAGCUGUGAUGACUGUUCAGCUGAUACCUCAGGUUUGGACUCAACACCAUGUGAUACUACAAAAGAAGAGCCCAUUUAUCCUUCCAUAGCCAUGGUAUGUUCCCUUACAAAACAAAAUCAGACUAUGAAUAUUAAAGAGGUAAAAUCUGCAUCUUCUUGUUCUGAGAACAGUGCUGAGGGGGAGACUUGUUCAAAUAGCGACAACCAGUCCACCACUCUCUUGGUGGUGGCAUCGAUGAAAAAACUACUGGAAGAAUCUCUCAGCUCGGUGGGGGACAGUAAUAACUGUUCUGUAGAUAAAGGUGAGCUUUUUCCUUGUAAAACUGAAGACAAACCAUUUCUUCAGGAGGAGCAAGCAACAGACAGAAAACCUGAACUUACAACGCCUCAGGAAUUGUCUGCAGACACUUACUCGUCUGUAGUCGUCAAACAGAGUCUAUCUCCUUGUCAUUCCCCCCUGCAGACAAAUGACUUUUCUUCUGAUGAUACUGCCCUUUCUAGCCACAACUCCUCACUUCAACUUCCUUGUACUGCCACUUGCUUCAGUAAAGGUCCUGAAGAUAAAAGAAGUGAACUGCCUAUGGCUGUGUGUGUGACCCCUUUACACAGGGGCAACUCAGUACGUAGGGGCAGAACUUCAGGACCCCAGCGAAAUAUUCCUCCUCAGGCCCGUGGUGGUCAGCACCUGAAUGAGAACAGUGAGCUCCAGAGGAAGCGAGAAUACUGGCGAGUAAUGAAAAGACAACAGAGAGCAAGAAAGGCCAAAGAGAUGGAGAGACAAAAAGAUACUCCUCUUCAGAGAAAACGUUGCUCCCCUCAAUUCGUUCACCCACCUGUGGCUCAGAAGAUGAAUCGCACAGACCUUAGCAAUCCUGUUAUUCUACCCAGUGUCACUUUACGUCCCAGUCGGCCUGUGUUAAGUCCUACUGCAUCAUCUAACCAACAGCCUUCAAACGAGGCAAAGCUGUUGUUUGAAGGACAGAAGGGUAAGGCAAAAUUUUCAGAGGUGGCUCAGGUGAACAAAUGGCAGCUACAAAUUCAGGGAAAUGUUCCUACAUCUACCACCAGACCAGGUACUGUGACCUCCAUCCCGAUGAAUCAUGUAAAGCUGUCAGAUCCUCAAAUACAGACUAGAGGGUCAUCAGUGAAUAAAAUAAGAAGUAAUCAAAGCCAAUUAAAAAUAACUGCAAAUCAAGAACUAGAUCCUGAUGAUGUUAUACAAAGGAAAAGGAUGCUCUGGAGAAUAAAGAAGCAGGAACAGCGAGCUCGGAAGGCUGCGCGGGAAAGAGAACUCCGUCAUCAGACAACACUUAACCAACGGAGACACUGCUGGUCAAACAAUAUUACACAUGCAGUUCAAAGCAUGCCACCAGAGAGACUGGAUUACAUGCCAGAGGAGUGUCAGACUGCAAUAGUUAAAGAUGAAGCAGAAGUAUGUUAUCUUCCUGAAGACGAUUGUUCAGAUGAGCCCUUGUCAGAGGACAAGUGGAGAAGCACCUACCUCAUGGAUUACGAUCCUGUAAACCAGCUGCUUGUGUGCAUGGUGUGUGGGGAACAGCAGUACACUUUUAGUGCAGAAGCAGUUCGAGCUCAUAUAGAGGAAACCCACCCUGGGACACUCUCACUGGAAGAGGGUGAGCGUCAGCGCAUCCUACAGGCCUGGGAUGAACAGGUGGCAGUGAGAGAGCGUUUUUUUACUAACCAGCUUUGGCAGAACAGCAGUGUCCUCCAAGAACAGAGUUCGAGUCACACGGCUGAGGUCGAAGUCAUUCUGGGCCAAGAUGACAAAGCAGAUUAAUCGAACUAAGCCUUGGGUUGCCACUAAAAAACAAGGUAGCACGAGAAAUGACAUACUCCACAAAAAUGUCAAAAAUCCACUGCUUUUAGAAAAAAAAAAGUAUUUUUUAAGUAAUAAACAAAAGCACAGAUGGACCUUGAGACUUAAGAUGAGCAUGUUACAGGUCAUGAUAAAGGCCAACAUAUGGUGUUUCCAUCUGGAUUCCUGUAUUUCUGACUUUUUUUAUUUAGAGAGGGGAUAAAGUGGUACAUCCAGCAUAAAUGCAUGCAAAUGAGUUCAAUUUUUUACAUUUAUGUUUACAUAUUCAUCUAUGUGCAUCUAUGUAUUCAUUGGUGUUAAACAUUUAACAUAAACCUCAGUAGCUGUUUGUGUUCUCAAGCUUGAGGAGUUGUAUUCGACAUAUAAGAUACUGUAGACCACUUCAAUGGCUUGCUCUUUCUUUGCCUCGGUUCUUAUCAGUUCUUUUAUAAUUGCCUUCCAUUUAGAGAUGUUACUAUUUAAUACUAAAUGCUUACACACACACAUUUGUUACAUAUUGAUUUCACUGAAACAUUCAUUUAAUGCUGUUUAACUGUGCAUUUGCUAUAUGUACAGCAAAUAUGUUGGUUUUAUUAAAGACUUUACGUUCUGGUAUCUGAUUAAAUAAAUUGGUAUUCAUUUAA